UUCCUUAAUAAUAUUGAGCUUUGAAGGGAAAAAAAAAAAAAAAACCUUUGAGAUUGCCCUCCCUACCUGUAGGAUUUCUCCCAAAUCUCUCUCGUUGUCGAAUACAAAUCCCUACACUCUUUUUACCCUUAAUAUUACCUCAAACUCCGUUAUACUUUCGAUUACUCUCGGGUUUCUGUUAUUUGGGUAUUUCUAAAAAUGGGGAAAAACCAAGCCUACAAGGCUAUGCAAAGAGCAAGGCUUGGCUCCACCUCUGCUGGCCCUGAAGAGAUCGAGGAUGGCAUGGUGGAUGGUUCUUUUCAUUCACCAGAGUGGCAUGCUGCUCGUUUGGCCAGCCUUAAAACUUCUCACACGGUUACCUGGGAAGAGUUUAAAAUGAAACAAAAGGAAGAUGCAUUGAGAAAGGGGGAAUUAGAAGCAGAUACAGAUCGAAUGAUGAGAGAGUAUAGAGCUCAGCUAGAUGCUGAAAGGGCACGCAAGCUUGCACAUGGUAGAAACCACUCCAGUAAGUCUAACCAUAAAAAAGAUCGAAAAGACAAGGAUGCAAAGAAACGCAGCAGCAGAAAGAGAAAGCGUUCAAGACAGAGGUGCUCUGAGUCCAGCUCCUCCAGUUCAUCCUCAGAAUCUUCAAGUAGUGAUGAUGAUGGGAGAGAAUCAAGAAGAUUGAAGUCCAAGUCUAAGAGAGAUAAGAGGAAGAAGCACAAAUCAAGAAGUAAGAACUCGAGCACUGAUAACGAAGGAGCUGAAGGUCCUGUGCCACUUUCAAGAUUUUUUGACAGUGUGAAGAGUUGAUGGCAUGAUAAAGAUACUGUUUGUGUACUUGAUGCAGAUUUCCUGCAAUAGAUGAUGAUUUUUCUGCCAUCUUUAUAAAUUAGGAGCAUGUAAUGAUGUUUAAUUCCUUUGUUUUCCUACUUUAGCUGGGUUUUGAUGUCUGCUUCAUUUCUACAUGUAGCUGAAUUGUAUCAUUCACUUUGACGAAUUGAAUGAUAUGGAUUUGUUUGAAACCUGUUUAAUUUCUUCAAAAGCA